AUGAGUCUGAACGUCAAUGGGUACCCAGAUCAGGGGCUCUUGCAUGAUGCAAACACGUUUGCUCGCUUAGAUCCUCUUGUACAGCCACUCACCUCAUCUCUACAGGAGAAAUCUUUACCAGUGCCUUGUAAAAUCGCGCCUCUUACAGGUCAGCAGUUGGCUGAGUUUUUAUAUGAUCUAGAUACUUUUCAGGAACAAGUGUUGGGAUAUAGUGCCGCGCGCCCAGCAUAUCCAGAUGCUGCAGAUGAAAAUGAGAGGCACCCGUUACGCCUCCCUGCUUUGUUGUUGCAAACGUAUCCCUCGUACUCGGACUUCUCACCGUUAUCGACGAAUGCACCGGUAUUCGUGGUGCUACUAUCGUGUAUGACGUUUCUUGCUGAGCAUCAACAAACCUCAUGGGACAUGAAGGAUAAGGGAAAACGAAGCCUUUAUGUCAGUAUGAUUGCACAUGUGCGUGCUGAUUUGUGUGCGAGGAACUUGAUUCAGCCAGUCCGUAUUGCUGUAUCUUCAGAUAUGACUCAAGCAGAGGCCUCGCACCUGAAAACCAUUGCGGAAAAUCUGAGAUGCGAAUGGGUUGACUCAGUAUCGAGAGCAACGCAUGUAUUGCGCCCAUCGACCGCGGAUGGGGUCACGUUAGCGGCUCAGGAUGGCCCACCACCCGAAUCCGAGUACUUCCGCACCCUCUCGCACCAUCAAAACAAGGUGCUUAUUCACGUGUGGUACCGGCCUGAUUCAUACGACACCUGGGUUCCCGACAAAGACUUUUCCGAGCCUGAGCCAGCUCCUGCGCCACGCACAGCCGCAUGGUGCAUUGAUGCGCGCUGGUUACGCGACUCUCAAUUAUAUAAUGAAAUGAUGAAUGAAGAAGACUAUGAGAUGGAAGAAGAGGAGGAUAAGAAAGAGCCUGAAACGCCUACUGCACAGGUCACGCAGUCAACGGCAUCGUCCGCAGAUUCGGUUCAUCAGGGCACUGAAGCCAAAGACAGCGAGACCCGGCGCAACAAGAAACACAGUUUACCUGACACGAUUACUGAUGACUCUGCGUCCAAGCGGAUUAAAAUUUUAGUCGGGAGUCAUCCUGAGGGUGCACAAACCGUUGAUCUUACUGGCUCGCAGCCCAUUCCUGGCAAGAAGUAUGAGAGCGAGCCUAUCUUGACGGGUACAUUGGGCAACCUUCCUGUCUCUGACGAAGUGUCGCAUGCGACAACUACAAACGUGGAGCCUUUACCUGCCCGAGCAGCGAAUACAUCCGAUGCCAACACAGAAGGCGUGCAUGAUGAAGCUGUUCAAACGGCGCGCAAGUACCUUGCUGAACAAACCCAAGAGGUGAUAAUCCCGUCGUAUUCCACAUGGUUCGACAUGUCAACGAUCAAUGCUAUAGAAAAGCGCUCGUUACCCGAGUUUUUCAACAAAAAGAACCGCAGCAAGACUCCCACUGUCUACAAAGAAUAUCGGGACUUUAUGAUCAACACCUAUCGUCUCAACCCAAGCGAGUACCUGACAUUUACCGCGUGCCGUCGGAAUCUAGCGGGUGACGUGUGCGCCAUUAUGCGAGUGCAUGCUUUUCUAGAGCAGUGGGGGCUGAUCAACUACCAGAUUGACCCAGAAACGCGACCAGCGGCGCUUGGCCCACCGUUCACGGGACACUUCCGGGUCACUGUCGACACACCGCGUGGUCUCACACUCAUGCACCNUGGAACACGACCGGAUGCGCCAGUCAAGUCGGAAUCAGAGCCCACCACCCACAAUGUGCCAACGGAAGGAGUCUCGCUUGAACUGCGGAAAUCUAUCUUUCAGUCGACACUCAAAGGAUCCCGACCAAUUGAUCAUGCACAGGCCGAUUCUCUAGCAGCACAAGCCUCAAAAGAACUAGAUACACAGAAGGGCAAGAAACCUGCUUAUGCUUGUGACACCUGCGGCGUAGACUGCACGCCGUCUCGCUAUCAAAGCAUUCGUGUGAAAGACUAUGCUUUGUGUCCGCCAUGCUAUUUGGAGGGCCGGUUCCCUACAUCGAUGUAUUCAGGAGACUUUGUGCGUCUAGACGAGUCAACAUUCAAGCAUUCUGGUAGUGCGGGCGGCGGCGCAGGCAGAGGUGACGAUGAUUGGUCGGAUGAAGAAACUCUCAAGCUCCUCGAGGGUCUCGAGAUGUAUGAAGAAGAUUGGGGACUCAUAUCUCUGCAUGUGGGAACUCGUUCAAGGGAGCAGUGCAUCACAAAAUUUAUCCAGCUUCCCAUUCAAGAUCCUUACCUUGAGGGUACGGCGCAAAAGGAUCUAGGCGCAUUACAGUAUGCACCCAGAGACCCAACAAGUGGCCAGCAUGUGCCACUGGUCCCAUUUGCCGAAGCUGAAAACCCUGUCAUGAGCAUUGUUGCUCUGUUGGCGAGCGCCGUGAGCCCAGCUGUUGCUGCUGCUGCUGCACAGAGCGCGUUGGGAACCCUUACAGAGUCUAUGCGUCAUACUAUUCAGCGUGCCAGUGCCAGUGCUAGUGCCAGUGACUCUGUCGAGCCACCGGCUUCGGAAGCACCAGCCUCUGCCCCGAAAUCAUCAUCCGAGGACAGGCAACCGGCAUCAGCAGAAACAGAAGCGCGCAAAGAUCCUAUGGAUAUCGAUGCUGCGCCGCCAUCUUCGGUAGCCAGUUCUGGAGCGCCAGAAACAAAGACUGACUCUCCUGUGUAUCCAGGCACCGAAGCAAUUGAGACAAGACAUGCCGGUGCUAUCACAAACACGCAUAUUGACUCAAGUGCAGAUGCUGAAGCUGCCUCUCAUGCUAAUAACGAUCAAAACGAUGGGGCCAAGGGCAAAGAGGAUCUUACGUCGAGUCAUGACGGGCACACUAGCGCUGAUCCCAACCAACGUGAGUCAGUGCCGAAGAAUGAUGUGGAACGAGCCGCAUCUAUUGCGCUGGGCGCCUCUGCAUGCAAAGCGUUUGUUCUAGCGAGUCAUGAAGAGCGAGAGUGCCAGAGGCUUGUUCAACAAGUCAUUGAAUUGCAGAUGAAGAAAAUGGAACUCAAAAUGAGCCAGUUUGAGGAGCUUGAAAGUCUGCUGGAGGCGGAGCGUCGUUCCAUUGAAGCUGGUCGUAAGCAGUUGUACGCAGAUCGACUGGCUGUGCAGCGGCAGCUAUCUACUGUUCAUGAGCUUUUAAGGAAAGCUAGUACAGUGCCGCAGAACGUACGCCCUGACGAAAUGGCCCGUGCAAGUAGUGCUGCUAACGGCGUGCCGCAACAGGGGCCCGUGGUGCGCCAAGCGCCAGGAUCGGAAGUUCCCAGUGAUAGUAACGUGGGCAGAGUAGAAUGA